AUGAUUGAUUUCAAAGGUGGUUUAAAAUCACACCAUAAAUCAAAUCAAAUCUUAAUUAAUAGUGAGAUGUUCCCUGCCACAGCAACCUGUGGUAUCAAACAAAAUACAACUGCACACUAUUGCUACUGUUGGGAAGUAGUCGCAACCAACUUACAUUAG